CGCCCUCACCACAGCUCCAGCCUCUCUGCACAGCCGGGCGGCAGGCGUGAAAAAGCACAAGUCCCUCUUUCCUCUGAAACCUGGUCCUACUGUAUAUUUAUUGGUGCUACACAGAUCUUAACCAUGGCGGCGAGUGCGAAGCGAAAACAGGAGGAGAAACACCUGAAGAUGCUUAGAGAAAUGACGAGUUUGCCUCCCAAUAGAAAGUGCUUUGACUGCGAUCAGCGGGGCCCAACCUAUGCCAACAUGACUGUGGGCUCGUUCGUGUGCACCUCCUGCUCUGGCAUCCUACGAGGACUUAAUCCACCCCACAGAGUCAAGUCCAUCUCUAUGACGACCUUCACGCAAUCUGAAAUCGAGUUCCUACAGAAACAUGGCAACGAGGUAUGUAAACAGAUUUGGCUGGGCCUGUAUGACGACAGAACCUCAUCCAUACCAGACUUCAGAGAACCACAGAAAGUGAAAGACUUCCUUCAAGAGAAAUAUGAGAAGAAAAGAUGGUGGGUACCUCCAGAACAGGCCAAGGUUGUUGCUUCAGUCCAUGCUUCCAUCUCUGGCUCAUCCAACAGCAGCACGAGCAGUACUCCAGAGGUCAGACCACUCAAGACACUGUUAGGAGAGUCUGCGCCAUCGCUACACCUCAACAGGAAUACCCCACCCAACCAGUCACCAGUCGUGAGCCGUGGACAAUCCCAUCCGCAGCAGUUCCAUGAGAAGAAGUUUGACCUUCUCAGCGACCUGGGGGGAGACAUCUUUGCAGGACCACCAAACAUCAAUGCUGGCGCCAAUUCCAGUUUUGCCAACUUUGCACAUUUCAACAGUCACACAACACCUCAGACCACCAGUGCAAAUGCAGACUUUGCUAACUUUGACACAUUUGGGACCACUGCUGCCUCAUCAGGUGGUUUCCCUUCUGCCCCUGCUUCAUUUCAACCUACAAAUACAGCCUUCACUGUGCUCUCAUCCAGUCGCAGUAUGGGUGAGUUUGGUACUGCACUGCCUCUCCAGGCAGCACACAGUAGCACCUCAGGGGGACUAGGAAAUGCCAAUUUUGCAAAUUUUGACAACUUCCCCAAAUCGUGUAGUGCUGACUUUGGAUCCUUCAGUUCCUCCUCCCAGAGUAACUCCACAGGAGCUGGCAGAGAAGCUGCACAGAGUAGUGCCCCUGCUGAUAGAUACGCAGCGCUGGCUGACCUGGAUAACAUGUUUAGCUCUGGCAAAACGGAGCCAGGAGGUGGUGUUCCCAGUGGAACGAGCACAGCAGCAACAGCUCAUGUGGCCCAGGUCCCUGCAACUGGAGGAGACCGUUAUGCUGCUUUGGCUGAACUGGACACCGUGUUCAGCACCUCGGCGCCCACUAGUGUCUACAACACCACCAGCACCUCACAUGGCAGUGUGUUUGCAUCAGACGGUGGAGCACCAUCAGCACAACCACCACAGACUAUGCCCGCUGUGGCUCCUGGAUUUGGAGCUCCAUCAACGAAUCCUUUUGUGGCUGCUGGCAUUGGCCCUUCUGCAGCACCCACCAACCCAUUUCAGAGCAACAGUCGAGCAGCUAAUGUGGCGGCAGCAGCCGCUUCUUUUGGCACUGCGUCCAUGAGUAUGCCAUCUGGAUUUGGAAAUGCUGCUGGUUUCAACCUCCCAACCAGUUUUAGUGGGACUUUUCAGCAACAGUUUCCUGGUCAAGCUCCUUUUCCUCAGCCUCCCGCAUACCCACAACAGCCCAAUGGUGGAUAUCCAGGGUUCGGUCAAGCAAAGCCUGUAAUGACUCCUUUUGGGCAGACAAUGGCUGGACCAAUGGUUUCCAGUAAUCCAUUCCUUGGUGCUGGGCCAUCUAUGCAGUAUCCGGCUGGAGGUUCCUCAACAAAUCCCUUCUUAUAGUGACCCACGCGGACAUGCUUCACUACAGGGUCAAAAAUGGCACGCUUGCACCUAUUGCACUGUUUUGUUUUACGAGUAGCUUUAAAAAAACAAUGUUUGUAAGGAUUUGUAUUUUCUAUGACAUGAGCGUGUGCAAGGGGCUACGGCUACAAGACAAAGUGACGUUGUGUGCUGAGGGAGAGGUUGAUCCCCUCCUCUCUAUUUAACCUGUGAACUGGCUUCCACUGAGCCACAAUGUAUAAUCUCAAAGGCUGAAUUUUAAGUUAUUGCAUACAGUACAUCCUAUCCAUUAUGCUGCAUUUCUGUACAUAUUUUGCAAGAAAAAAUCCUUUGUGCAUAUCAGUAUUUGUAUUCAAACCAGAAUGGUAAGAUUUUUGCCUCUUAAGAGCUAACAGGAACUGCCAGUUAAUGUAUUUGUUAAAAAAAAAAAAACAAUUUUUAAAGCUGUGCUCACUUGAGAAAAAGACUGCUUAUUGUAAAGGUGAAAGCUGUGAGACUGCUUUGGAGGGGCAGGUGACUCCCUUCAUUGUGAAUUGUAUGGUUCUUAACUACAGUCCAACCACACUCAGGUGGAUAACGGGAAUUGCUUAUGAACUGAAAACCACUUUCAUUAUGAAAUUUUAAGUUAAUGUGUAAAUAUAUAUACAGUAUAUAUAUUAAAAUGAAUUUUAAGUAAAAGUUGACCAAACUGUU